CUCGUGAAAAUGUUUUUUUUGAUAAGGGUGAAGAUUAAAUUAAAAAAAAAACAGAGAAGGGUCCAAAGCAGGUACAAACGAAGGGAGAAACAGGUUCAGAAGCACUGAACCAUAAUGAACAAAAACGAAAAGGUAAGGAAACAAACAGCAGCAGGGCGAAAGCCACAGCAAACCACUAAAGUCUACGAAGCAGAACAGGAAAAGAAAAGGGGAAAUCUGGGCAAGAAGAAGAUCCACCGAUGCUGCGCAGGACACGGCAACGGAGCUUCGACAGAAUGGUCACAGAGACAGCCAGACCAGUCGCUUAACACCUGCCAUGCCACGGUGCAGAAGAGUCCAGCACGAGAAAAGAAAAGCCAACAACAAGAACUCCCGCCGUCACAAUUCCGAAUCAACAGUCGAACUCCGUUUGUGUUCUCCAGCCCAGCCGGGCAGCCAAACGAUAACGCGCAGAGAGAUUGCCGAGAGAAACAGCUCAGUGAUCAUUAUAAAGGGGUCUUCUGCUCUGGUCGUUAAUCCAUUGUUUGCCCUCCUCUCUGGUGAUUUUCCCCCUCGCAACAGGCCAUUCCAACAUUGAUUUGAAAGCUUUCCGAGCGACGAUCGUAGAACUAUGGCUGAUGUCUUGGAAAAUGCGUCGAUUUCUUUCAAGCCACAAGCUCCAGGUGAUCGCGUGCAGAGCGCAAUAGUUGAUCCACUCGGCCGGAUUGUUGGGGGGUCUGGAUUGCCAAUCUUUAACUGUUAGGAAGAUGUCUUCGCUGGUGUUGUCGAUACUUGGACAGGCGGCUCUGCAUCUUCCCCAAACUUCCUUGCUAAAGUCGCACUUGACGAAAAUGUGGUCGGCAGAUUCUUCGUCUUUCUCACAAAGAGCACAUAUGUUGGCCAAGGACCACCCUUUUCUCUUGAGGUUGUCGAGAGUCUGGAUCCUCUUGAGGGUUGUCAGCCAAAGGAAGAUGCAAAUUUUUGAUGGGAUGACUUGCUUCGUGAAAAUGUUAUUAAUUUGUCAUAGUUAAAUGUAGAUGCUAAAAUGUUGGUCUAAGCAAUACCUAGCUUCAGAUAAUUGAAAGGCGGUAGUUCUUUUGUGUUUAAAGUAAUGCAUUGAAGUUAAUUAACCACCCACGGGAGUAAAAAGCUAACCUACUU